UCUCUUUUUCUGUUUUUCCCUCAGAACCCUCUACACUCACUUAGCUAUAUAUUAAAACUCCUUCAAUUGCUUCAUAUUAAAAAACAACCUCUCAGAGAAUACUAAGUUAUUAUGGGCACUCUUGUAGGGCAUGUAGCUCCUGGUUUAGGCUUCAUUCUCAUUGGUCUCUGGCACUUCUUCAGCCACAUCAAGCUCCAUGCUCUCAACCCCACUUCCUACACUGCCCCAACAUGGUUCCCCACCUCCAAAUUCAAAUACUUGGAGCUUCUCCUCAUCAUGGCAGCCUCCCUAGCCUCCAUCUCCAUGGAACUCUUCAUAGGCCCAGAUCGCCACCAACCCUUCGACCCUGAUGGAACCAUCCCCUCCAACCACCUCCACAACUUCGAACACUCCUCCAUCUCCCUCACCUUCCUCCUCUACGCCGCCUUCGCCCUCCUCCUCGACCGCAUCCCCACCCCUUCCAAACACGCCCUAACCCAACUCCUCGGUUCCAUCGCCUUCGCUCAGCAGCUCCUCCUCUUCCACCUCCACUCCGCUGACCACAGUGGACCCGAAGGACAGUACCACUUCUUGCUACAACUCAUAAUCUUCGUCUCUUUCUCAACAGCUCUCAUGGGAAUCCCCAUGCCCAAAAGCUUCGUAGUCAGCUUUGUUCGUUCCCUCAGCAUAUUCUUUCAGGGCUUGUGGCUCGUCGUCAUGGGCUUCAUGCUGUGGACUCCAGGGCUCAUCCCCAAAGGUUGCUUCAUCAACGAUGAAGAGGGGCAUCAGGUGGUCAGAUGCAACGACCAUCAAUCUCUCCACCGCGCCGUGGCCCUCGUCAACAUUCUCUUCAGUUGGUUCGUCGUCGGAGUCACCGCUUUCGGCCUGGCGUUCUACUUGGGCCUGGUUAAGUUCUACGGCGAAAAGGUGCGAUACUUUGCAUUGGGGAACGAGGAAGAAGACACAGACAAGGAAAGUGACGAUGUUGAGUCGCAAAAGAGAAGCGUAGUUGGCAAACCAAUGAGCUUUAUUCCAGUUGGCAAAAACUUUUCGCCUCUCGACAUAGAAAGGUAGAGAAGAGAAACAUUAAAGAUAUUCAUAAUUUGUGAUUAGUGGUUGAUUAAUAGUUGAUUAACUGUGUGGGUGUACAGUGAGAUUGGAGUGUUAGCGUUUGGUGGGGUCCUCUUGGAUUAACUAAUUGAGGCAGCAAUAAUGUUGUUGGUUCAUGGAAACUUGUUCGUGUGGGUUUAUAGUUAUGGUAACUGAGGACGAGGAUUUGUUUCAA